AUGAUGUCUAUCAGGAGACUUAAAGGCUGCUGCUGCAUGUCACAUUUCAAUGAGGACAAUGGUAGGUUUGUCCUUUUAGCAGUACUCAUUGGGGCAUACCUGACUGUUGGAGCUACCAUCUUCUCAGCCAUUGAGAGCCCAUCUGAAGCAGAAGCACAGCAUCGUUGGAACCAGACCUUUCACAACUUCAGCCAGAUUUUCAACAUUAGUCUCCCUGAGCUGAAGGCCUUCUUAAGAAGCUAUGAGGCAGCCAUGGCUGCAGGUAUUAGGGUAGAUGCCCUUCGACCAAGAUGGGAUUUCACAGGAGCUUUCUAUUUUGUGGGCACAGUGGUUUCAACAAUAGGUUUUGGGAUGUCCACACCAGCAACAGUAGCGGGCAAAGCCUUCCUUAUCGUUUAUGGUCUCUUUGGAUGUGCUGGAACCAUCUUGUUCUUCAACCUUUUUCUAGAACGUAUUAUCUCACUUUUGGCUUUGGUCAUGAAGGCUUGCCGUGAGAGACAACUGAGAAGAAGUGGCCUUCUACCUCCUACCUGCCGAAGGGGCUCUGCCCUGUCUGAUGCGGACAGCCUGAUUGGGUGGAAGCCAUCUGUCUAUCACGUGAUGCUAAUUUUGGGAAUCUUCGCCAUUACUAUAGCUUGCUGUGCCUCUGCCAUGUAUACGGCUGUGGAAGGAUGGAAUUACAUUGACUCCUUGUACUAUUGUUUUGUCACCUUCAGCACCAUUGGAUUUGGUGAUCUUGUGAGCAGUCAGAAUGCUGUCUACCAAAAUCAGGGAUUAUACAGAUUUGGGAAUUUCACAUUUAUAUUAAUGGGGGUAUGCUGCAUAUAUUCUCUUUUUAACGUCAUAUCAAUUGUAAUCAAGCAGGUUUUAAACUGGAUGCUAAGAAAGUUCCGAUGCAGAUGUUGCCCAGAUUGCAAUAAACCAAAUACCCGCCUUGGGCGGCGCAAUGCCAUCACACCCGGCUCCCGUUUCCGCCGGCACAAUUUCUCUAUGGAAACAGAUGGACAAUAUGAUAGUGACACAGAAGGGAGAAGGCUCUCAGGUGAGAUGAUCUCCAUGAGGGAUCUCACGGCUUCUAACAAAGUCUCCCUGGCGCUUCUGCAGAAGCAGUUAUCAGAGACGGCCAAUGGCUAUCCCAGGAAUGUCUGCAUCAACACCAGACAAAAUGAUUUUUCAGGUGGAGUUGGGGCUUUAGCGAUCAUGAACAAUAGACUGGCAGAGACGAGUGAUUCUAGGUAG